GCCUGCAUGAGACCAGUCGUUUUCUUUGCGUGCAAUCUUUACCUACCUAAGCUUGCGCCUCUCAGAACAAAAUCUUGAGGCCAACUCAUUCUGCGUUUUCCCCCACUUCUCAUUCCAGGCUCGAUGACACGAAAACAGGCAAGAAAACACUCCAAGAUGGCCACCGACCUUGCCAAAGAUAUCUCCCAGAAGACAUCCGGUUUGGUACAAUCUAGCAACCACCGAGAUCUGCUCGACAUUGUCGACUCUCUCAGGUCCCAUGGCGUCAGUCACUACGUAGAUCUACCCCAGAUCAUCGUGUGCGGUAGUCAAUCAUCCGGAAAGAGUUCCACGCUUGAAUCGCUUUCCGGAAUCGCUUUCCCGACCGCGGAAGGCUUGUGCACCCGCUUCGCUACGGAAUUGAUUCUCCGCCGCGGCGACAAACCGGAGAUCAAGGUACACAUCCAGCCCAGCACCAGCAGAAGCAAGGAGGAAAGAGCUCGUUUGUUGGCAUUCAAUGGGAAGACUAAAGAUCAAAAUGACUUCCCGAGAAUUAUCGACGCCGCCAAGGAUGCCAUGGGCCUAGUUGGAGAGGGAUCCAAGAUCUUCAGUACGGACGUCCUGCGGAUAGAGAGCACAUCCCCUACCGCGCCCAACUUGACGCUAGUUGAUUUGCCAGGCCUAUUUGGUGCCUCUGACAAGAACCAGUCAGACGAUGAUGCUGCUUUGGUCCAUGACCUUGUGGUGUCUUAUAUGCGGCAGCGCCGUAGUAUCAUCCUCGCCGUCGUCGCGGCCGAUAACCCGUUUGCUAACCAGCCGGUAACCAAAUUUGCUCGGGAGAUCGAUCCGUCUGGCUUACGGACGCUGGGUCUCAUCACGAAACCAGAUAAGAUUGAUAGCGGCUCCGAGAGCGAGCGGUACUAUGUGGAGCUGGCGCAGAAUAUGAACGUGAAGCUCAAUCUUGGCUGGCAUGUUCUGCGCAACAGGAGCCAUACCACUGCCAACGACACGAUUGAAGAGAGAGACAAGAGAGAAAAGGAGUUCUUUGCCAACUCUGCUUGGAAAACCUUCGACGAGUCCCAGCUUGGCGUAGGGUCUCUAAGAUCUCGGUUGCGCGACAUCCUGUGGAAGCAGGUCCAGACCGAGCUUCCGGGUGUCAAGACCGAGGUACAGGCCGGAAUCAAGGAUUGCAAGAGUAAGCUAGCACUGCUUGGAAAAGCCCGCAGCACCAUGAGAGAGAAACAUACCUAUCUCCAGCGGAUCAGCAGUAUCCUAUCCAAAUUGGUUCAGGCAGCCAUCGACGGUGUAUAUGCCGAUCAAUUUUUCGAGUCUUUCCCCGGCCAGCAGGACGCUUUCGAAAGACGUUUACGGGCGCAUGUGCAGAAGAUUUUGAGUGGCUAUGCUGAGAAGAUGUGCGUCGACGGUCACGCCCUAGAAAUCGUCGAAGAUGAUCUGCGCCCGACCAGAAUAUCUUCGAGAAGAUAUAUGAUAAGGCUGGAUUACCUCGAAGUAGUAAAGGAACUUAUGGUAGAAUGCCGAGGACGCGAGCUUCCGGGCACGUUCAAUCCCCUUGUCGUUGGUGACCUAUUCAGCAGGCAGUGCAAGCCUUGGGAGUUAAUCACGCAGAAUCUCGUCGAGCAGAUUCACGAGGCUGCAGCUAGCACGUUCAACAGGAUCAUCACGGAGAUCUGCGACAACAAUACCAAGACCCGUCUCAUGAAGCAUCAUAUCCAGCCGGCGCUGCACCGCCUUCGGGGUGAUCUAAAGGACAAGGUUGAUGAACUACUAGAGCCUCACCUAUCGAUUCAUCCCAUCACCUACAACGACUACCUAACGGAAACGGUACAAGAUAUCCAGACUAAGCGUCAUGACCGGAAGUUUGAUAACCUAUUGGAUGAAAUCUGCAAUUAUACAACGGAGACUGCACCGGCCGUGGCCAACAAUGUGGCUUUGCGUUAUAUUCUCUGCCACUUGCAACAUGGGACGCGGCCCAAUGUUAAGGAAUACUCCGCCUCGCUCGCGGCUGAUGUUGCUGCGGCGUAUUACCAGGUUGCGCUGAAAAAGUUCAUUGACGAUGUCAGCGUCAAUGCUAUCGAGACAUGCCUAAUUCAAUGCUUACCAAACGUGUUCUCUCCGGACGUCGUGUGGGAUCUCUCCGAUGAAGAGGUCGAGAAGCUGGGAUCUGAGGAUGAUGGAACUGUCAAGAAGCGCACCGAGCUUGCGAAGAAGCUCGACGUCCUCGAGACUGGUCUGAAGGACUUGGAUGCGUUCACGGCGCGAUCUAGUACCCACGCGGUAGUAUGAGAAUAGUUCUAGAGUUGAGUGAACCCUGCUGAAGAGACGAGACUAGUAUCUAUCUCUCGGCUUGGGUGUGUUCAUCUAUUUAGGUAGUCCGUAGCCUAUUUAGUCAUUGCAGGACCAGUAGGAAGGUGAUGCGUGCCCGUUUCUGUCUCUCAUGAACAUCCUGUUGAUCAGAGAGCUAAGACAGCCAACGCCAUAAGUGGAACUGCCUAUCAAAUAUACCAUCCUACAUGCUCUUCAUGUUCUAGGCAAAUAUAAGAAGAUUGCGCUCCUAUCACUUCUUAAACUCUCAGCCUCUUAAUGAUUAACCUAGGUCAAAUCUUUAAAGCCCUAUGAUUCGAUAGUAUGGAACCAGAAUUUGUAUACGGUUCUAUUGCGCACUGUAUAUAGGUGGAUAUAAAGGCUUCGGAAUUCUUAGCGUAUCGUAAUUACCGU